AUUCGAGGGCCUUAAAGAUCGCGACCAAGGCCGGUCCUUGGUGACCUGCCCGUUUCUGUCACAGUGACGGUGUCAUCAGAUUUUGAGGUCAUCACUAAUAAAUGUAUGCAAGCCGACCCACGGGAGUGUCGGACGGUCUUGCUUGUGGUAAACAGAGGAGGAUAUUUUUCAAGAAAAGGUGAUAAAGCCGACACUGAAAAUGACUCUGCUCUGAAAGUCAGGAAACAUCGUGAUACAAAUGAUGGGGCAAACCUUCAUGAUACAUUUCAAUCUCUUUCAAGCAAAAGUUCUGUUAAGACAAGCCGAUCUUACGUGCCACCAUCAGACUUGAAGGAUAGAAUGGCAGCAAUAACUGCUGAGAUCUGUGGCAAGGAAUUGAACUGGGCUGAAGCUUCUAUUGAACAACCAAUUCUCAAAUUCAAAGUUUUAAGCAGAUUUAUUCAAGACUUCAAACACAAUAUACCGAGCUCUCAGAUGUCCUCUAUGAAAACUGUUGGUGAUGCAUUGGAUUACUUUCGAACUGAAGUUCAUGAUUCGACGGCUGUUCAGGACUUGGCAAAACUGCCACAAUUGCCAAAAAAUCUUCAUAUUCAGCAAAAUCCUCACAGGUUUGACCCAGAGACAGAUACCUUCUUUGGUGGUGUGACUGCUUUUCCUAAACGUGAUACUAUUGUGACAGGACUGAAGACAAAGAAACUUUAUAAGGGUGUGAAGGCAAAGAAACAAUGGUAUGAUUAUAUAGAAUAAGUAAAGGAGUUGUUUUGUGGAAUGUAUUGUUUGAACAAGGAUUAUCAUCAGAAUAAAAUUUGAGCCAUGCUUGUUGUGUGGAAACAAAGUA